UAUGCGCUGCGACUUCCAGACUGGAACGCGCUUGGAGCCGAUUUUUGACUCGUCGACUGAAGAUAGAAAGAGUUUUAGAGUCACCUGGCAUGAGUCCUUGAGCUCUCCCCUAUAACGCGGAGGCGAAAAUCACGAAAUCAUGUAUUACCCCGACGUCGCUUAGUAGUAACCCCUAUGGACUCGCCCUGUUUCUCGCGAUCGCACAGCGCCAACAACGCUAGCAGCACCCGCACCAGCGACGGUGGCGGCGGCGGCGGCGGCGGCGGCGGAGGUGUGAAAAGGCGCAAAUGGAACAACCUCGCCCUUUCCCCCUUCCUCCCGCCCUCUCUCCUGUUUCCCGAAAGCCCGGCCGGUAGCACGAGAGACUUCAGAGACGGCGCCUUAACCGGCGGUUUUUGCGGCGGCAGCAGCGGCGGCGCCGCGAGUGUCACUUCCAGUCCGCCAAUCGAAUCAGUGGCGACUCGGAGGCACCACCGAGGCUCUGCGAGGUUUCUGGAUCAACUCUUCAGCCCGCUCAAACCGGCCGUCCGAUUCGUUCGAUCCAACGGUCCGCAGUCGCUGCAGCUGUUCGAGUCGGCCGGGCAGCACGAGCCCUCCCCGACGCCGAAAUACGUCCAAUGGCCACCGCCCUGCGACGCGCGUGCGUCGCACGCGUCGCCACACGCCCGCCACGAGUACUUUCGCCAGCAACUGUCGUCGCCGGGUCCCGCGCUGAGCCACCCUCCGAGAACGACUCAUUCCGCCGCGGCAGCCCCCCCCGCAGAUCCCGCUACCGACUCGCCUGGUGCUGCUCCCGAGGCUGGAGGGAAUCCCGCGCCGGGCGAGGCUAGAGGCGAGGCGCUCACAGAUCUGACGCUUGCCGGGUCGCUCACUCAUGCGACGCUCGCCGGGUCGCUCACCGAUGCGACGCUCGGGGGGUCGCAGCGACCCGCGGCGACGAUCGCGCAGCUGAUGCUCAUCCGCGCGUGCCACGGCGACGCGCUCCGCCGCCACGGCCUGGGCACCGCGCUGGGCUUGCGCACGCGGAACGGGAUCCUGACAGACAUUCCCGCUAUAAUCGUCUUCGUUCCGCGCAAGAUGCACGAGCGGUGGCUGCUGCCGGCCCAGAAGCUUCCGAACAAGCUGCAGGGGCCGGGCGGGCUCGAGUGUGACGUGGACGUGGUGGAAUUGACCAAUCAGAGCAGCGGCGGCAGCAGCGGUAGCAGCCCGGGGAUGGCUGGUCACGCCAUGGCGGGUGUGGCGGGUGCCAUGGGGGUAGAGGCGCAGCUAGUUAAUAACACGGCGCUGGUGGAAAAGCUUCGUGGGAAUAGCAGUAAGAUCGGGCCGGGAUCGCAGGUUGCGAGUGAGGAGAGGUAUGGAACGCUGGGAGCUAUCGUAAGGACGGCCAACGGUGUUCCUGGGAUGAGCAGCCCUCCUGGGGUUGGGUUCCUGACGAACCGCCACGUGGCAGUGGAUUUGAACCAGCCGAAGCAGAAAAUGUUUCAUCCGAUGCCCACGUCGCUUGGUCCGGGAAAGUUUCUUGGUUUGGUGAAACGGGCCUCGUCGUUUGCCUCGGAUCACGCGUGGUAUGGCGUGUUCGCCAACCAAAACGCAGACUCGUUUGUGCGCACGGACGGCGCGUACAUCCCCUUCCACGAGGGGUUUGAUCUGUCAGCAGUGACGACAGAAGUGGCGGGAAUUGGCCCCAUUGGCCGGCCCCGCCGCAUCAGCCUGUCAGACGAUGUUUCCAGUGUGGUGGGACAGCACGUAUGGAAGGUGGGCAGCAGUUCGGGUCUGACCCAGGGCACCAUAGUGGCCUACGCAGUGGAGGGCGACGACCAGAGGGGCAACACUCUCUUCACAGACCUCCUCAUAGUGGGCCGUGAUGGCCACCCGUUUGACUCGGAGGGUGACUCGGGCGCGCUUGUGCUCAUGCGCCCCUGUGCUGUACCCCACCCGCCGCCUCCUUUUCCUGACCCGCCCUCUGCAUCCAUUCCGUCCGCCCAUCCUCCCAUACCCUCGGCACCGGCACCAGCACCAGCAGCAGCGGCGGCGGCCGCAGCAGGAGCAGCAGCAGCAGCAGCAGUGUUGCUUUUGCCAGUUGCCAUGGUGUGGGGUGGGACGGCAAGCAGAGGCGGGCUGAAGCUGGGGAGCGGCAGUGGGGGGCAGCAGUGCACCAGUGCGGUUGACCUACACAGACUGCUGUCGCUGCUGGGCCUGGAGAUGCUUAACACUGAUGGGGAAUUGAGAGAGCUCGCUCAACGACAAAGAUUGCUAGCCGCAGCCGGUAGCACUCCUCGCACUCGUGGGGGGGGUGCUGGUGGUGAUGCUGAGUGUACCCCUGCCACCGCUGCUACUCCUGCUGCUGCUGCUGCUGCUGCUGACAAUGCUGCUUCAGCUGGUGCUUCUGGUUCUGCUCGUUUCGCCCACACACACUCCCGAACAACCACGCAGACCCCAAUGACCACAUACACUCCUUCGGCAUCCUUUUCUCCUUCCCCUUCCCCAUCCGCCUCUCUUUCAGCAUCGUCUAUGGAAAACUCCCCCUCCCCCUCCGCCACUCCCCCCUUCUCCCCCUCCCCCUCUCCCUCUCCCUCCCCCUCCCCCUCCCCCUCCCCCAUGCCCCUUGCCCACCUAGCCCCUCCCACCUUGCCUGUUUCAAGAACGGGGAAGGGGGAUAGACUGCCGUCAAGGGAGUUGGAAGGGGGUAGAGAGGGAAUGGUGGGGAGACAAGGGGAGGAGAUAGAGGAACGAGGGAUGAAAGAGGGCGGGAAAGGGAAGGAGAGAGAGGAUGAGAGGGUCGGAAAGAGGCAAUGAGUGGAAAGAGGAGAAAGACCUGGAGGCAAAAGAAGACAGGAGAGUGGGAUAGAAGAGGGCAAAAGAGAGGAUCAGGCGGAAAGGAAUGAGAAGAGGGGUGAGGUAAGGCAAGAGGAUUGACAAGUGGGCGUGCGGAGUGGGCGUACGGAGUGGUCCUAUUGACCCUGGCGCUAUCUCAUGCAACUUACUAGCCUGUAUACUAGCUCAUAUGGCACACGCUCUCAAAUAGCUGAGGUGGGGCCUUGUUCUGGUGGGGUCUUGUUCUGAUGACAUGGCCUACUACAAGUUGAUGUUCACCAGGGCUCAAAAUUGGUUUAGGGGCACCCUUAGUAAUCAGUGUACCUAAAAAAAAUUACCCUGUCUCUUAGAUUAGAAUUUCGUCACCCUUUGAAAAUCAGGGUAAA